CAAAUAGUUUAAGCUUGAACAACGUGUUAACGGUGAAAUGCGUGUUAAACGUGCAAAAUUUUUAACAAUAACGUGUUAAAAACUCGUAGAUUUUUUUUUACCUAAAGUAUCUAAAAGAUACUCCAAGUGUGAAUACGAAAUACAUCUAGUACAUCUAUCUACCUAUCCACAAUAUACAUAUUUAUAAUUUUUGAUUAAGAAUAAUAACGAUUUAUCUUUUGAUCAAUAAAGUAAAAAAAGAAACUUAAUGUAUAGUAACAAUUCUAAGAAAUUUGUAAAUAAUAACAAUCAUAAAAUUAAAACGAAUAAAUAAGUAAAAAAAAAGAGUGGAAAAAAAGUAAAUUAAAUAAAACAAAAGAAACCGGUAAAUAUGUAUCUACAAUUACCCAAUAUGGUGUUAAGAAAAUCAAGAUGAACAAAAACAUCAACAACAACAAAAGUAAUAACGAUCAAGAAAUAAGAAAAAAAAACAUACAAAUAAAUUAAAUUUCCUUUAAAGAGUAACAAGAAUUUAAUGAUUUUCAAAUUGCUUGUUAAAACGUGGAAAAAAACGUAAGAAAUAACAAAAAAAAAAUAAAGAAAACAACCAGCAAGUAGCCAUGGUAAACACACAAACUAAAUGCAGCCACCGCUAAAAAAGAUACAGAUACAGCAGCAUCAAACUAAAGCCAACAGCAACAAAACAAACAUGACAAUUGUCAACAGCAACAAAUGUAAUGACACCAACAACAGAGGCAAUGAUCUCUUAACAGCCAACAACAAAAUGUAACAAUUCAGUUAAAUCUAAAAAACCAACAACAACAACAACAAAAGUAAAUGAUUCACAUUUUUUUAUUUUUGUAAAUAAGAGAGAAAGAAACAAAUUAAAACGAAAUGAAAAAAAUCCUUUUUAAAAAAGCCGCCUUUACAGAAAAACAACAAAUAAGAAAAAAAGUGUUAAAUUAAAAAAUAAAUAAAGUUUGUAAACUUAAGAAAAAAAUACAUAUAUAAAUAAAUAUUUAACAAAAAAUAUAACAAAAAAAUAAAUAAAGAAGAGAAGAGAAUUCCUCACAUAAAACAAAAGAUUACAAAACCAUUAAAAAACCACACGAAACAAAACACGGCUAAAAUAAAAUUUUAAAAAAAGUAACAUAUUCAAGUUCAAAGUACGAAAUAAAAUUCAGUUUUUAAGUGUUUUUUUGUUUUGUUUUCGCACUUUUUAUAUUAAACCCUCGAUUUAACUUGAAACAAACAACGAAACAUCUUUCCGAUCAGCGUUAUUAUCAUCAUCAUCAUUAUCCAGCCAACCAGUGGCUGUUCCUUUUUGUUCAUUUUCUCGUCUUUGGUUAACCACCAGUUGCUACAUGGAUCUUUGGCGUUUAAAACAAAACUUCAACUACCUUAACAAUUUUAUUGGAUUUUAUUUUUUUAACAACAUCUUCAGCGGCAGCAUCUUUGCAAACAUUCACCAGUGUCUUCUCCCUAAUAGAAUUAUCGCCUCGAUUUGCAAUAAAAAUUUUCAUCAGCCGUGGAGCAUUGAAAUAUUUGAACGUGCCUUAUUAUGUCCACAGCAAAGGAUAAAAUAAAUUUUCAAAAUACUUGGAGUUGUAAUAAAACAACUGGUCGCCGUUCUGGAAGUGGGUAUAGCUGCAGUUUUUUAGAUUUGCAAUCUAUACGCCGUUUAUUGGAACAUGAUACCAGCGGUUCGGUUUGCCCCAGUUGUCGCAUUUCAUUCGACAAAGGUAAACGACGAAAACUGAUCGAUACUUGUGGUCAUGAACGUUGCUAUUCCUGUAUGUUCCGCAACGAUCAGUGUCCGAUGUGCAUGAAUAGUUCGCUAAAAGAUGUCGAUUGCAGCAAUGCCCAAGGCUAUGACACGGGCAUUGGUGGUUCAACAUCAACGAUUGUAAGCCCUCUGGGCUCACCACAGCCUCAGUUGAGAUCACAAGUGCAACGUACAAAUGCAGCCGCUUUGGCUAGAUACAUGCAGCAUAACCGGCAGGAGUCUAUAUCACCUGAAUAUCAUCGUUAUGCCAGUAAUGGUAAAUUACCCAAGGCUGGUAUUGCUGCAACCAUCAACAACAACAAUCAUACAGGCAACUCUACAACAGCGGCAGCAACCACAAAAGCUGGACUACAACAACAUACCGUUACAGUGGAUAUUCACAAUAACAACGGCAUCAUCAGCCAUGGCCAUAAUAACAACGGUACAUCAUCAUCAUCGUCCAUCAUUUCAACGAACAAUGGCCACAGAAACAACAAUCAUAGCAACACAACAACCACUUCAUCUACUAACAAUAAUGGCCACCAUCAUCAUCAUCUGCAUCAUGCUACAAAUGGUGGUAGUAAUGGCGGUGGUGGUGCUGCGGCUGCAGCCACAUCUAAUAACUAUAGCGAAAUUCAUGCUUCAUCAUUUGCCACACCACCGACACGUCGUCGUUUUUUCAAUCAUAAAAAUUUGCGCAACGCUUUAACCGGUGUCAGUGGUGUUGUUGCCGGUCAUCGUCGUACCGCUUCGAAUGGUGGUGGUUGUCCCAUUGAUACAGCCUCGAUAUUAUCAGAAGGCAAAGAAACGAAUGCAUUAAAUACAUCAACCUGUUCGGACUCGGCAGUAACACGUCGCAGACGCAAGAAUGUCAGUAACAAAUUAACGUCAUCAUCAUCGGAGUCGACAACAGGCAGUGAAAAUCGUUUAAAUCGUCUAAGUUUGGCUGGCACUUCUGUCUAUGCUGGUCAUUUGUCAUCGUUAGUUUUGGGCAAAAUAAAAUCGCUGUGGAGUGUAAAUUCAAAUUCAGCGGAUGGCGGCUUAAAUCAAUUUACAGGAAGCGAUCAUUUGGGCAACGAUCAUUGCAUCUCGGCGGCUGAGAAACAAAAAGAUCAAUUGAGAGCUCGUUUGGGUUUGUUAUUGGAUCACGAUCAAAAUGGCAACACCAACACUACCACCAGCAGCAGUUCUUCACAAAAUAUCAGCCCCGAACAAACAUUAGCCACUGGCAGCUCGGGUCUUUCGGUGGAUCAUUUUGGUGGCAGUCAACUGUCGGUGGCCACUAAAGACGAUACUUAUAGUUUAUGCGGCAAAUUAAAAGCCUGCUCUCUAACCGAUAGCAACGGCUAUGAAGUAUUUCCGGUAAAGGCACGCAAAUCAGUGGCCAGAAGAUCGGCCCGUUCGGCACAGUUGGGUGUGAACAAUAAACGCAAUGCUAUUUAUAAAUCUUCAUCCUCAUCUGUACAACCUGCCAUUCAGUUAGCAUUGAAACCUUUGUUCUUUGAAGUUCCCCUACAAGAACCAGAUCCACCAUUUAUUGGACGCCAGUGGCUGAUUCGAGAACUCUCGAAUACCUUAACUGCUACAGAGACGCCAGGUGUAUUGAUAAAUGGAAAUCCGGGUACUGGAAAGACAGCAUUUAUUUUACAACUCGUAGAGUAUUCCUGUUUCGGAAGACGCAAAAAUACCAACGACAGUGAACCAGAUGGUAUCUACUACCAAAUCAGUACAGCUAGCGAUCGCAUGAGAGCCUUGGCCUCCUAUGUUGUGGGCUAUCAUUUCUGUCAAGCCGAUGCCAAUCUAACAUGUUUAGUACCCGAUUUUGUACAUUCUCUUGCCGCCCAAUUAUGUCAGGCUCCCCAGUUGGCCGCCUACAGGGACUAUCUUCUCAACGAACCUCAUCUACAAGACAUUUUGAGUGUUAAAGAGUGUAUAGCCGAUGCUGAGCGCGUUAUGCGUAUGGCCAUUUUAGAACCCCUAACAAUUCUAAAGAAAUCCGGUAAAAUACCCACCAAAACAUGUGUGAUCUUAGUGGAUGCAUUGUGUGAGGCAGAAUAUCAUCGUCCCGAUCAUGGUCAUACUAUUGCCACAUUUCUUGCCAAAAUGACUCAAUACUUUCCCUCCUGGUUGAAAGUGGUGGCCACUGUGAGAACCCAAAUGUUGGAGUUUGUCAAGGGUUUGUCAUAUACGAAAAUGACCCUGGAUAGUUGGGCUUCGAAUGAUCUUUUACAGAAGGAUAUGCUGGACUACAUUACGUUCCGCGUUAACAACAGUACGGGUAUACAAAAGAAUGUGGCAGUGAUUAAGGACCACAAUACAGGUCAAUUGAAAUUCAUUGGUCAUCUACAGUCUUUAACCAAGGGCUCCAUGUUGUAUGCCAAACUUAUUUUAGAUCUAAUCGAGAAAGGACAAUUGGUAAUCAAGUCGACCAGUUAUAAGGUGUUGCCGGUUUCUUUGGCUCAGAUAUUUUUGCUGCAUUUCAAUUUACGUUUCCCCACCUCGUGCAGUUUUGAAAAGGCUGCACCCAUUUUGAAUGUAUGUUUGGCAGCGCUGUAUCCUCUGACUCUAAAUGAGAUCUACUACACCAUCAGCGCCAUGAAAACCGACGAGGUUAUGCCCUGGGAUGAAUUUUUACAGCGAUUCAAGCUAUUAGAUGGAUUUCUUAUCAAACGUAUAGAUAACACUUAUAUGUUCUUCCAUUCCUCGUUCCGGGAGUGGUUAAUACGCCGAGAUGAGGGAGAAUCACCAAAAUUCUUAUGCGAUUUCCGUUUGGGACAUGCAGCUAUAGCAUUCCGUUUAUCACGUCUGCAGGCUCCCCUAGAUGCCGAACAAACCUUGGAGUUGGGCCAUCAUAUGCUAAAGGCUCACAUCUAUCGCAACAACCAAGGUCCCCAAUCACCCAGGGAUAUGCAGUCGUUUUGGGUUUCGUCGGUGGCAGAUAAUAUAUCGGCCGCUUUGGGCUCGCUGCGCAAUGUGUAUAGUCCAAAUUUGAAAGUUUCUCGGUUAAUUUUACUGGCCGGGGCUUCACCUCACUAUCGCACCGAAUUUAUGGGAGAUGCAACCAUAUUGUGUAUAGCAGCUCAUGAGGGUAUAGUGCCUAUGGUUAGUUUGUUAUUGGAAUUUGGUGCCGAUGUUGGUCUCACCAACAGUCAAGGUUGCACACCUUUAAUAUUAGCCGCCAUGAAAGGUCAUUGUGAUGUGGUACGUUUACUUGUAGCGGCCGGUAGUAGUUUGGGACAAUGUGAUAUCACACAAAGAUGUGCUCUAGUCCAGGCCGCCCGCAUGGGUAGAUUGAAUGUUGUCAAAUAUUUAUUGGCCUGUGAUUGGACACCUCGACCCAAUUCCACAGAUGUUACCCUGCCUGCUGCUUUACAUCAAGCUCUAAUAGCAGCUGCUUCCCAGGAUCACAUUACCAUACUGGAAGAUCUUUUGGAUAUGGAAGAUAUCGACAUCAAUGUAGUGGAACCAACUUCGGGAGACUUGGCUUUAACCUCUGCCGCACGCAAUGGCUGCCUAAAUACAGUGGAAAUAUUGUUGACACGAGGAGCCAAUAUAGAUUUACACAAUAAACAUGGUUUUACGGCUUUGGGUCUGAGUGUCAAAGAAGGUCAUUGGGCUGUGGCGGAAAAACUCUUACAAAGUGGUGCUGAUUUGGAUGAACCGGUUUCUUCGACCAGAAAAACUUCUUUGAUGAUUGCGGCUGAAGAGGGACAUUUGGAAAUAAUGGAGCUGCUAAUUGAAAGGGGAGCCAGUAUAGAAACUCAAGAUCAUGAAGGUUUUACUGCCCUUUCGUGGGCUUGUUUAAGAGGCCGACAAACAGCCGCCAAAAUACUAAUUGAUAAAGGCUGUAACAAAAAUCAUGCCGACAGUAAUGGACGUACAGCCUUAGAUUUGGCUGCCUAUCAAGGCUCUGCCAGUCUGGUGCAGUAUUUGUUGGAACAAGGCGCCAAUAUUGAACAUGUUGAUGUCAAUGGCAUGCGUCCCUUGGAUAGAGCUAUAGCUUGCCGUAACAUACAAGUUGUACAGGUGUUUUUGAGAAAAGGUGCCAAGCUGGGACCCACCACAUGGAGUAUGGCGAUGGGUAAACCCGAAAUCUUAGUGGUUUUACUUAACAAACUAUUGGAAGAUGGCAAUGUACUCUAUCGUAAGAAUCGUUUUCAAGAGGCUGCCCAUCGCUAUCAGUACGCUUUAAGGAAAAUAUCGAACUUGGAAACACUGUUGGAGAGAAGUGCUAUAUUUGCCCAGCUGCGAACAAAUCUACUGUUAAAUCUGUCUAGAUGCAAGAGAAAACUUAAUGAACUUGAAGAAUCGAUAGAUUUAGCAACUCAGGCUAUAGCACAGAAACCUAAUAGCUAUGAAGGCUAUUAUGCCAGAGCAAAAGCACGCAUGGAACAUGGAGAUCUAAACGAGGCUCUGGUCGAUGCCAACGAAGCCAUGCAAAAGGCCGCUCAAACUGGAGUCUUAAGCGAUGUAGUCGAAGUUCUAAAACGUAUACAAGCUGAGCUACUGACACGCAUAACAAAUGAGGGACGUAAUCAAACCUCUUCAUCUUCGUCUGGUUACGAAGUGUGCAGUGGUGGCGUUGGAGGUAGUGGUGGAAUGGGUGCUGCAGCUAAUUGUACCAAUGGUGCCUUAGAAUCUCAACACGAGAUAACUGAUUUGUAGAGUUCUAUAGAUUUAUGUUGUUUCUAAUUUAAAUUUUAAGAAUUAUUGAAAAGUUUAACUAAAAUAAACCAGAAUUUAUAAAUUUUAAUAUGCUCUUAUACAUAUAUUUUUUUUUUGCGCAAUUUGUAUUUAUUUUAUAUUUUGUCUUAAUUUUAAUUUAAUUUAAAUUAUAAUAAAUUAUUUUACUUGAUAAUAUGCUAUAGUUUCUUAUAAUGUUUAAUUAGUUGGAAUAAUCUUUUUUUUAAUAUUAUAUUAUUAUUAUAAUUAUAUUUAAAUUAAAAAGUUUUUCAAUAUUACAUCAUACAUCGUAAUGGAUAAGACAAAUAAUACAUUAAUUUUAUAAAAUUUUCUUUGUAUGUAUAUUUUUAGAAAAGUGCAAAAAAAUUGCAUGUAAAAAAGAAAAUAAACAAACAUUUUAAUAUUAUA